CUUAAUUUAAACUUUUGAGCGUUUCUCUUUUUUUUUUUUUUCUUGAAUCCAGUCCGCUGCGACUCCUGAGGACCUCUAGUGGAUUGCUUACGAAAACAAGAAGGAAGCUCACUCGUACACACCGCAGGCAGGCGGCCAGUGCGGCUCCAGUGAGAAUGAAGUGUAGGCAGCGGGACCUGAAGUGUUGCUCGAACAAACGCGAAGAAGAAAAUGUCGAUUUUUAGGCGCAUGACUUUAGUUUGAGUCGACGGCUUUUAAUGCGAUCGGGACAUGAAGGAUGGUUUGUUUCCGCUGCACUGAUAAGGUCUGACAAAACAGAGGCGAAGUGAGUGAAGCGAUGAUGAACUCAGGCAUGCUCAAGCCACCUGUGGCUCCUAAGCCAAUUCUUCUGCAGCCCCAGAAGCCAGGGCGGUCCCCCUCAACCCCUAGAAAAGAGGGCCUCUCUCUCCCAUCUCCUGGCACACAGAGAAGAGUUAAACCAGCACUGGCCCCCAAACCCUGCCUCUCCAAGCUCACCGCUGCUGUGGAAUCCAAACCUCUUGCUUCAAAGAGACUGCACCAAACAUCUGUAUCAGAAAACCCUCGAACAGUUAGACAACUGAACUCCCAAAAUGGAAUACAGCAAGAAAACAAAAAGCCAGAUUGGGACUAUAUUAUUCCCAUUUGCUUGUGUAGUCAGGAAGGCUGCCAUUGCAUCAGGAACACAUCAGCAAACAGAGACAGAAUGGAGAAAGACUUGAGAACAUCGGACAAGGGUAAAACUGAAGAAAACAGAAAGAUUCUCCCUACAUCUCGAGCUGCUGUGGACAGUAGAGAGAUAACAGACACUGCUAAGAGCAAGGCAAUGAACGCUAACCCUCCACAAAAUGUUUGUCUACAGUCUGCCUCCACCGACACCCACAUCACUAACCAUAACCCUCUGCAAAAUAUGCUUACUUUAGACAAAAAUCUGAAAACAAACAGGCCGUCUCUUCCCCACAGAACAUGGAGCGAUGAAACAAAUGGUAACAAAAUACCUCAGAGUGCACCUGGAGCAGGGGAAGAUACUCCUGGCUCAGGGCAAAUGUCUUGUGUGCCCCAACCCAAACCAGUCCCAGCAGCCCCUAGGAAACCCAUCCCUGUCCCUUUACCACGGAAACCCAGGGCAGCUGUUCAGGUUCUUCAGGAAAAGGUGGAGGAGGAGAGGGAAGAGACGAUUAGCCAGGAAGGGAGGGAAAUGGACGUCAAAGAGGUGAAAGUGUCAUCAGUGGGGAAGGACAGCUCAUCCCCAUCUGUCAGUGUACCUGUUAGAGAAAACAAGCAGCCAAUUGUUCUAUCUGCGAGAAAAACCUCCGCUCCACCAGCCCCUCCACCCAAGAAAAAGCCUUUUCUGUCUGUACCUGAGAAAGUGCCAACCUCUGCUUCAGAGACACUGCCAGAGGAUGUGCAAGAGGAAAAUCAGGGUUGUGACAGCAGCAUCUAUGACAUGGAGACCUCAGUUGACAAGGAUGAUGAAGAGGUGGAGAGGGAGGUGGAAGGAAAGGAUGAUCAGGAGGCAGUCCACAGCAAUUGUCCAUCUAGAUGUUUGCUCAAUCAGCCAGAGAUCAGCCAACCUCCUGCCAUCGCUGUUGCAACGGAGGAUGGGGUAGUCAAGGUCCCUCCAAGGAAGCCUCAGAGACACAACAGCCCAAGUGCAUGCACGCAGAUGAAGGACUCUAAUGAGCAGAAAGCAGAGGGGAAACAUGAUUGUGUUUUGAGGGAGAGAGUAAUGAGGGAGCUGCCUUUGCCUCCAGAUGAAAAAACAAGCAGAAACCUCUUAACAGCUGGAAUCACCAAGCCUUCACGGUCCAGCCUGGGCAAACAGAGAGCCAAGUCAUUCUCUGGCGCUGACCUCAUUUGCUCUGAAGGACAGAGGAGGAACUCUUUCCGGAAACUGCUGGACUUGAAACUCGCUGUGAAGAUGCUGCCCAAGAUGAUAGUAAAAGGAGGCCAGAGCCCAGACAGCACUGUGAAUGACAAUGAACAAAGUGUGGACCAGGACCAAGAUGCAUGUCAGAACUUCCCCAAGCCUCUGAGUUCUGAACGUAAAUUCUCCUACCCUCUGAUUGGAGUAGAGCAAAGCGUGGACGGAGAUGAGUUUUCUCCUGGAACAGAUCAAGCUGUUUACUAUGAGAACGUCCGUCACUACGAGGAAAUACCCGACUACAUGAACAUAGAUGUGGGAAAAGCAGGGUCGUCUCCUGAGGCCUCCUUCUCACAGCCUGCGGUCUGGGGCAGCAAAAUGUAUAAUGAUGAGGGCAUUUAUGAGGAGCAGGAGCCAUAUAUGUCCUUUGAGAAAAAUGCUGGACACCAACAGUGUCAGACACCAACAGAUGAUGAAAGCUCAGCCAAUGAGGAAGUGGCACCCCUGGGCGAUGGCCCUUCGGAUGAUGACAUUGUGGCCAGCACCUUGUCCUCAGAUGAGGAGGACGAGGACGAAAGCAGCUCCAUGUCAAGUAAAGGAGACCCUGAGCAGCCAGAGGAGAGUACGAAGCAAACUGGACAGAAGAAGAGCAAGAUUCACCACAUCGCUACAGAAAUCAUGAGCUCAGAGAGUGUGUUUGUUGAUGUCCUGAAGCUGCUUGAUGUUGACUUCCGUGAUGCAGUGUCUAAAGCAUCUCAUCAGAAUGGGAAGCCCGUGAUUGAAGAGCGUCUUCUCAACCAGAUCCUGUAUUACCUCCCACAACUCUACGAACUCAACCAAGACCUGCUGAGAGAGCUGAAGCGGAGAUUGGCCAAAUGGGAUGAUAAUCCGCAGAUAGCAGACAUUUUCCUGAAGAAAGGGCCCUAUCUGAAGAUGUACUCCACAUACAUCCGCGAGUUUGAAAAGAAUGCGGCUCUACUGGAAGAGCAGACUAAGAAGAACCAAGCAUUCGGAGCUGUAGUAAGGGAAUUUGAGGCCAGUCCACGCUGUGCCAACCUGGCUCUGAAGCAUUACCUACUGAAGCCCAUUCAGAGGAUUCCUCAGUAUCAGCUGCUGCUCACAGACUAUCUGAAAAACCUGUCUGAGAACUCAGAUGAUUACAAGGACACAAUAGAUGCUCUUGCUUUAGUGAAAGAGGUAGCUAAUCAUGCCAACGACAUCAUGAAACAAGGGGAUAAUUUCCAGAAGCUGAUCCAGGUGCAGUGCAGUCUGAGCGGCCACCAUGAGAUAGUUCAGCCUGGGCGGAUAUUCCUAAAAGAGGGUAUCCUGAUGAAGCUGGCCAGGAAGGUCAUGCAGCCCAGAAUGUUCUUCCUGUUUAGCGACACCUUGCUGUACACCACUCCUGUUAGUGGCCAGUCAGGCCAGUUCAAGCUCAACAAAAUGCUGUGUCUGGCAGGGAUGAAGGUUAGCAAACCAAGCCAAGAGGCCUAUCAGAAUGAGCUGAACAUUGAGAGUGUGGAGCGCUCCUUCAUUCUCUCUGCAAGUUCAGCCACAGAGCGAGAUGAAUGGCUUGAGGCCAUUUCCACAGCAAUCAAUGACUACACCAGGAAGAAGAUCAGUUUUAUAUCUGGCAAACCUCAGGAAGAGGUAGAACUGAGGAAUACUGCUGAUGGUGCUCCUUUGGGAUCCAAAGCCCCAAUAUGGAUCCCUGACCCACGGACCACCAUGUGUAUGAUCUGCACCUGUGAGUUCUCCCUAACAUGGAGGAGACACCACUGCCGUGCAUGUGGAAAGGUGGUGUGCCAGUCCUGUUCCUCCAACAAACACUGUCUUGAAUACCUAAAGAACCAGUCAGCACGAGUAUGUGACCAGUGCUUCCUUGUUCUUCAGCUUCAGAAAAAUGAAAGGUCCGUAUCAGCGGCUGUAUCCCCUGGAAACAGAGCUACCUUUGCUUUCUCCAGGAAGCAGAAAAAGAUACCUGCGGCUCUCAAAGAGGUGUCAGCUAACACACACAACUCCUCCAUGAGUGGGUAUCUGCAGAGGUCCAAGGGCAGUAAGAAGCCUGGGAAGAGGCUGUGGUUUGUCAUCAAAGACAAAGUCUUGUACACAUACGCUGCAAGUGAGGAUGUUGCAGCCUUGGAGAGUCAGCCCCUGUUAGGAUUUAUGUUGAAAGUAGAUUCAUCUCAGGAGUUACAAUUUGAGCUCUACCACAAAAAUACACUUUAUUAUGUUUUUAAAGCUGAUGACGUACAAACAGCCCAGAGAUGGAUCAACUCAUUCAAAGAAGCCACUGUACUUUAAAACCUUCAGACCAUGUGUGAAGUUAUUCAACAUAUUUUCUUGCCCUCACCUGAACAUGUUUUACCUCAGUGCUCUCUGAAUUCUGCAAAAAGAAUCUGGAGGCACCAUCAUAGCUGCAUUUAAAUUAAAUACAUGCAUAGUAUUUUAUUGCUUUUAUCAGAUUUAACAUAGUUACCGUUUACAUCAGAGCUCCUGUGAAGGUGGGAAUUACCCAUCUUAUUUGUGUUCGUUAAUGUGAAUCUUUUCCACCAGAUGAUUGUGAUUAUUUCACAGUCAUGUGUAGCUAUUUUAGACUUUUAUGCUUUGAUUUUGACAGAACAUUUUCAUUUAAUUGUAUAGUAACCUGCUUGGACCUCCAUAGCACAGAUUUGUCAAUUAAAGCCCAUUGUCUAUAAAUGUGUAAUGAAUACUGUCAUAUCAUUUUGAUCAACAUUUACCCAAUAAUAUUCAUAGGUCAUGUAGAUGUGUUUUGUUGUUUGGGAAUAAUUACUUUAUUUCACAUUUGUGAAGUUGGCUAUGGAACACACAAUGUGCACUGUUCAUGCUUGUGUAAGAAACUUUCACCUUACAUUAUUAAGCCCUUCUAUAACUUUGAGUCUCACCUAAAGUAGUAAUGGUAUAUCGGGAAUAUUCACUGUUUGGACAUACAGUAACUGUAUUACAUGACUGUACAUGCUAUGUGUUUCGCACUUAAGUCACUGAGAUGGCUGUACAUAGAUUGUUUCCCUACUCACUUAUCAUCUGUAAAUAUAGAUAUAGAUAUAGAAAUAUAAUAUUGUAAAUGAAUUUUUUUCAAAUUUCCAUGAAUCUUGUUUUUAAUGCUUAAAUUCUGUCACUGUAAUAAAUGUUUGUUUUAUUGUUUUUCUUUUGGUCAUGGUCAGUUGUACAAAGAGGAACAAUUUGCCUGCACAAUAAAAUAGUUGAAAAGCGAUGGUUUUAAAUAGUCAGCAAAUGGGGAAACAACGAAGGACA